GGUUUGGUGGGAAAACGGUACACUCGGUACACUGCCGCAUUCCCGUACCUGGUUCCGCUUUCAAGGUGCCCUUACGCGUUGAGUUGCAGCUGAGCAGACCGAUCGCAUCACCACUCUCGUAUCUACGCUGCUACUUGGGAUUUGUGCGCCGGCAAAAUGUCUCGUUUUUCGUGUGUUGAAGCUGCUCCACCCGUUGAAAUAUUUGCUCUUAUGCGAGCAUAUCGCGCUGAUGCAUUUGCUCAAAAAGUGGAUCUCGGUGUGGGAGCUUACAGAACCGAGGAAGCCAAGCCAUGGGUUCUACCUGUUGUACGUAAAGUUGAAAAAGAAAUGGCUGAGGAUUCUUCACUUAACCAUGAAUACCUUGGGCAACUUGGUUUGGAUGACUUCAGCAAGGCAGCAGUUGGCAUGCUGUUGGGCAAUGAAAAUCAAGCCAUCAAAGACGGUCGAGCAGUUGGUGUUCAGUGCCUCAGUGGAACUGGCUCCUUGCGGAUUGGUGCAGAUUUGUUAUGCAAGCAUGCAAAAUUUACGACAGUCUACAUGUCAACGCCUACCUGGCCUAAUCAUGCCCUAGUAUUCAAGCAUGCUGGCUUUCAAAAUCUCAAGUACUACCGCUAUUGGGAUGCCAAGAAUCGAUGUCUUGACUUUGAUGCCAUGAUAGAAGAUCUGCAGAAUGCACCACAAGACUCUGUUGUAGUGCUGCAUGCCUGUGCUCACAACCCAACCGGCAUUGAUCCCACACAGGAUCAGUGGAUGAAGAUUGCUGAAGUCAUUAAGGCCAAAAAGCUGUUUCCAUUUUUUGACUGUGCUUACCAAGGAUUUGCCUCUGGAAGUCUGGAAAAAGACAGCUGGGCUAUUCGCUACUUUGUCUCUCAGGGAUUUGAACUCAUCUGUGCGCAAUCGUUUGCCAAGAAUUUCGGCUUGUACAAUGAACGAAUCGGCAACCUCUUGCUUGUUAUUGAUGACAAGGAAGCCCUAACGAAUGUCCUAGCUCAAGUAACAUUGCUUGUGCGGGGGAACUAUUCGAACCCUCCCAAUCAUGGUGCCCGCAUUGUCUCCAGGGUUCUCAACACACCGGAAUAUUUUGAGGAAUGGAAAGGUCACAUUCAGACCAUGGCCAACCGAAUAAUUUCAAUGCGAAAAGCCCUUCAAGAUAAGCUACAUGAACUAGGAACACCAGGAAGCUGGGAGCACAUCACUAAACAGAUUGGCAUGUUCUCGUACACUGGUCUAAACCAACAGCAAGUGCAGCACCUUGUGCAAGUGUAUCAUGUGUACCUGCCAAAAGAUGGUCGUAUUAGUAUUUGUGGUCUGAACUCUGGCAAUGUGGAGUAUGUUGCCAAAGCCAUCCAUGAUGCAGUCACAAAGUUUCCCCAAAGCUAAUCCACUGGUCAUCAUGUUAUCAAGGAAUUGGACGAAGGUUGUAGGUGUACACUACCAAGCACUGGUUGUGUAUAGUUUUUAGUCUUUAAUUAUCAUUUUUAGCACAUGGUUGUUAUUCGAUAUUCAAGUUCAUAUCUUAAAUAGAGUUUAUUCUUUGAAGAUCAGUUUUGUUGUCACUGUUUUGAAAUAGAUCUGAUGCUGCUAAGUGCAAAGCAGUUGUAGGCAGGAAAUGGUUGUAAAGAAAAACACGUCUAGUUUUUUGUGCACUGAUCAUAUGUGGUGCACAAGAAAGUGUUUGUUUGUGUCUGAGAUAGUGAAUGUUAUACACUAGGCAUAGUAGUUUUUUUAGUGUUUUUUGAAACGGGCUUUCCAACAAUCUCUUUUAUUGACUUCUGCUCAUGCUUUUAUUUCAUUCUACCACAACAGCAGAACUGAGUGGCUAGAUCUGUAUUUGUUGACAUGAGAUGGAUUUGGUCAUAUUAUUAAUAAAUUUACUUAAAGUUGUAA